AAAAAAAAACUUAAAUACAUUGACAAUGUCUCUAAGUUUCCUUUUCCGCGAAUCAUUUUUUGCAACAACCAAUAAAAAAUAUUAGAAUUUAUAUUCAGUUUUAUAAGAAAUAUCAUAUUAUACAAUAAUAUAAGCAGAGAAAGUUGACCUAAAACGCAAUAAAGUUUUACCCUAACAUAAGAAAACUGAUUGUUGAAAAGCUUUGGAUGAUAAACCAAAACAAAAAAUAGAACUAAAAUUUGAAAGAAACAUAUAUAUAAAAUAAGUUGAAUUACUAUGGAGAAAUAUAUAUAAAUCGUUAGUGGUAUUAAAAUAAAAAUCAUGAGAAAAUUGUUACAAUUGACAACGAUAUAUAUAUAUGAUCCAAUAGCACGCCUUAUCGUCUCUCUUUGGAAGUAUUUUACAGACCGCGCUAGUAUAAUAUUCAACAGAAAGUUUAAAGACCAUAAAGUCUACAUUGAGUUGUUUAUUUUUCAAAACCCCCAAAGCUAAAACAAGAAAUGAAACUAAUACAAUAGUAAUGGUUUCCUUCUCAUCUGUCUAAAGUUUUUCUUUUAUAUCUUCUUGUUUCCAACUUAGUUUUGCGUUCCUCAUGGAUCAUGAUAUCGAGAAGAGAGUGAUUGAUCACAGACGACUAAACCAAUCAUCACUUUUCACCGCGUUUGCGUUCAGCUUUAUAACUCUGAUCGCGGUUACCACGUUGGUUCUAAUGUCUAAUUUCUCGAUGCAGCCGCAGAGGGAUUUCUCAGAGGUGAAGAUAGAGAUCAAGAGAGUGAUUCCACAGCCACACUUACCUCUGAGCUCCGAGGACGAAAGUAAAAGCAAGAAAGUGGUGAUGACUUCUCCUAACCCUAACAUCACUACUGUAAACAAAAAGAUCCUAGUACUUAUCGAGAUGUUCAGUGGAGAUAACUUGUCUGACAAGUUUCAAAGGAAGGCCAAUGAGUUUGUCGGAGAUUCUGGAUGCGAAGUCAACUUCGUCAUGACAUGGAUAUCACCAGCUGAUUUGUUCGGAAAGAGAGAGGUCUUAGCUAUUGAAAGUGUCUUCAAGUCUCAUCCUCAUGGUUGCUUGAUGAUCCUAUCAGCAACCAUGGAUUCUCCUCAAGGUUAUACAACCUUGAAGCCGUUUCUUGAUCGUGGUUACAAAGUUGUUGCAGUCACGCCGGAUCUGCCUUUUCUACUCAAAGGAACCACCGGAGAAAAGUGGCUAGAAGAAAUAAGAAGCGGGAAAAGAGAUCCGGGAAAGAUAUCAUUGGCUCAGAAUCUGUCAAACCUCAUGAGGCUUGCCUACUUGUACAAAUACGGAGGUGUUUACUUAGACACCGACAUGAUCCUUCUCAAAAGCUUCAAAGGGCUUAACAACAUUAUUGGAGCUCAGACGCUUGACCCUUCCUUCACAAACUGGACGAGAUUGAACAACGCGGUGCUAAUAUUCGACAAGAACCAUCCUCUCUUGCUCAAAUUCAUCGAGGAAUUCGCUCGAACUUUCAAUGGAAACGUAUGGGGAUACAACGGACCGUACCUGGUUUCUCGAGUGGCGACUAGAGCAGCAGUGGAGGAGGAGUACAACAACUUCACCGUCAUGCGACCUUCUGCGUUCUAUCCAGUGAACUGGCUAGAGAUAGAGAAGUUCUUCAAGGUGCCAAAGACGGAGAAAGAGUCGAAAUGGGUCAAGGUCAAGCUUCUUCAGAUGCAGAGGAGAAGCUAUGGGUUGCAUCUUUGGAAUAAAUUUAGCAGAAAGUUUGAAAUCGAACAAGGGAGUGCCAUGUGGAGAUUAGUAUCAGACCAUUGUAUAAUCUGUCAAAUCGGUUCUGCAUCAUCAUCAUAGUCUUUUGUUUGUAUAAUUGUAUUUGUUCAGAGUUCAGUUGCACUGUU